AUGAUAUUAACACGUCUUUCAUGUCUAGGAACUGGCAAGGCACACACCCUAACCAAACUCAUUCAGCACCUCGUAGGACCGUCUAAUACAUGUGGCGCUUCCGAUCUCGCGGUCGAUAACAUCCUCGAGCGCUCGUGUAGACUUCGGCCGCUGCCUUGGCGCACGAGCGGCUCGAUUGAUCAAGCUGAGCUGAUGGAGGAUAAACAAGAAAGAGUUGUGAAUAAAUCCACGUCAUCUCAUGGGUCCAGAAAGAGAAAGGAGGACGCGGGUAGUCGAGGAAAAACCGCGAACAGGAAAGGGCUCGGAGGGCAAAGGGAGAAAACCUAG